UGUGUCUCUCAAUGGCGGCUAGAAAUGCUCUGUUGAAGCACCUGAGAGUGAACGUUCAGGCGCGAAAGGCAACUCCGUUUGCUUUUUCAUUGAAUAAUCUCUUUCGUCGCCACCUCUCCUCUCAGGAGGAGGUCAGAGGCUCUUUCCUCGACAAAUCGGAGGUCGCUGACCGUGUCAUCACCGUUGUAAAGAACUUUCAGAAAGUCGAUCCUUCCAAGGUUACACCAAACGCCAAUUUUCAGAGUGAUCUUGGACUUGAUAGUUUGGACACUGUAGAGAUUGUUAUGGCUCUUGAAGAAGAGUUCGGGUUUGAGAUCCCCGAUAACGAAGCAGACAAGAUCAACAACAUUAGUCUUGCUGUUGACUUCAUUGCUUCGCAUCCCCAAGCUAAAUAGAACAAAUGAAAAUUUAUUGGUUUUUUUCUUGUUUUUUAUUUGAAUCCUAGUUAGCCUUACCUCGGAAUUAAAUAGCCGCAUGAGAAAACUUGGAUCUUGAUAAAUUGUUUGAUCUUCAGAUUAUUCCUUGCAUUUAAUCUUGGAAGUUCUUGUUGAAUAAGAAAAACAACUU